CGGUAGCGGUCCGUCACGAAGCAGUCCGCACGGGCAAGGUGACCCACGUGUGGGAAGGAAGGAAGGAGAGAGAGGGAUGCUGCGGGCGGCGUCUUGGGCGCUGAGGGCGCCUUCCCGGCGGCUGCGUGAGGGCUCGGCGCCGUCGCGUUCCCUGCUGCGGGUCCCCGGAGAGGCCGCUGCGGCGGCGGCGGUGGCGGAGAAGGCAAGGGGCCCGAAGCCGCUGCGGAGGUUCAUCGCCUGCCCGGAGUUGGCGCGGGACGUGGUCUCCCGGCUGGAAGGCGGCCUGCGGGGGAGCGUCGUCUUCGAGUGCGAGCCAGGCCCUGGGGUCCUGACCCGAACACUGCUCAAUGCUGGUGCACAUGUGGUCGCUCUAGAGAGUAACAGCUCCUUUCUUUCUGACUUACAGUCUCUCAAAAAUAAACUAGAUGGCCAGCUGGAAGUUGUGCAUUGUGACUUCUUCAGAUUGGACCCUAUCAAUAUGGGAUCGAUGACGCCCCCUGUGAUGUAUUCUGAUAAAUUGUUUGAGAACUUGGGCAUCUCAUCUGUUGCUUGGACAGCAGAUAUUCCUCUAAAAGUGGUUGGAAUUGUCCCACAAAAAAGAGAAAGGAACUUCCUUUGGAAGCUCAUCUAUGCCUUAUAUGAACGCAAUUCUAUAUAUAAAUAUGGAAGAAUGGAGCUGAACUUGUUUGUCAGUGAAAAAGAAUACAAGACUCUUGUUGCAAAGCCUAAAGAAGCGAGAAUUUAUCAAGCACUUAGUGUACUUUGGCAAACAGCUUGCGAUAUUCAGCUUCUGCAUAUGGAGCCUUGGUCUUCAUUUUUAACUAACUCAAGAAGUGGUGGACUCUCCAUACCAAAGAGUGUGCUAUUGCAGAAUGACCAUUUAUGCUUAUUACGAAUGACGCCUCGGAAGGAUUUAUUUGCAAACAACAUGACAGCUGCUAAUUCAGGCAUAUUUAUUGUGAUGGUAAAACAAUGCCUUGCUAAGAGCAAGACAAAAUUAAUAGAUAAAUUAAAUUUAUGGAGUUGUGAGAGUGGGAAGAAACUGUUGAGACAGUUGGAGAUACCAGAAAACAGUACGACAGGAAGUUUGUAUCCAGAACAGUACAGAUCUCUUUUCGAGCUUAUAUUACAGUGUAAUGAAUUUGACCAAAGUUGGCUAUAUGACGAUGACUGCUUGGAAGAUAGCCGAGGCGUAAAUUUAUAGUAAACUCUGGUUUCAAGCAGAGUUUUGUGAGUUGGAAUAUGGCUUGAAGUUACCAUCAGGGGUGUUAUUUUUAUGUAAGUAAAAAUCCAAAAUGUCUGGAAGAAAAAAAGAACAGCACUGAAGUUUGAAAGGCAAAACCCUAUGUCUUAAAACACUGCAGGGAAUGAAUUUCUUGCAUUAUACUUGGAAGUGCAUUUGUAAAAAAGGUCAGUGGUGACAUGUUCUGCUGGAAAUUUCAGAAAUAACAGCUAACAAUCCAUAAACUAAUUGUGCAAGAAUUGUUUUGUGAGGGGGAAAAGUGUACUCCAAAGCAGAAUGUAUUCAAUCAACAAUGACUAAAAACCACAGGAUGCAAAAAGAGGAAGGAAAUGUGCUUUUCUGGAUUAAAAAAUUGCUUUCAGAUAUUUAAGUUACACUGGAACUGGCUAAAAAUGGUAUAAUGUCUGCAUAAACCCUUUUCCCAUUUAUGUGUAUAAUAAUAUUUUCAUGUGUACAUACCUACACAAUAUAUAUGAACACGUUUCAGUUUGACCUACUUCCAGAUGAGGAUUUUUACUACAGUAUAAGAAGCUUGUAUUAUAUUACAGUCCCUAAUUUAUUAAAAAAAUGUAAAUAUUUGUAUUAUAGAACACAAUUAAAGCAGUUUUAAUGAACAUA